AUGGACGCGAAGGACCCUCGGCCUUACCAGGCUAUUGGUAUUGAUAUGGCCAGCAGUGAGUCUGGCAGGGAAAGAUUCGUGAAAGAUGGCAUCUACACUCCUCCGCCUACAUCGUCCUGGCGCUGCAACCUGACGGCGUUGUCCCAGCGGUACAAUCUUUACUUCGUGGCCUCGAGAAGUGGUGUCGCGGUAUACACACCAUCAUUUCCCUUCCAGACACUUGGGAGGAAGCCCAAGCUGUACAUACCGCCGGCGUUGGCCGAGCCACAUGCACGAGGCUAUAUUGAUCCAGGAGACCCUCAUGCAAUCAAUCAUCUGGUUGUAGGAGAUUUGGGCACAGAGGAAAUUCUGCUUGUCGCGACUGACUCAGGGAACGUGACUGGGUAUCACACAAAGGCGAUAUACGAAGCCGUUAGGAAUGAUCCAUAUCGCUUCAGCAACGAGGCAAGAUCUGAUGUCGCUGGCUUGCGCCCUUUCUUCACCCAGUGCGUUCAUGAAUCUGCUUGGGGGCUUGCCAUCCACAGCUCAGCUCGCCUAAUUGCGGUCUCAGCCAAUGUGCCUCGUCAACAGCGUCAGACAAUGUCCGAAGGCUUCGCUACGAUUACCAUUUUCGCCUUCGCUCUAUCUGGUGAUGGAUACGCAGAUCGGUCUGCAGAAGCUGUUCCAACCGACCAAUGUGAGUCAGACGAGGCCGACUGGAGGGACUGGGAUCCCAAAAGCUCUUCGCCAAUGCCACGUCGGCGGAAUCACAACUACAAAAUUGUGCUUGCCGGCCCAAACGGGCACCGUUCCAACAUACCUAGUAUCAGCUUUGUCAACAGCUCCCAAGAUCUACAAGGCCAGUGGCUUCUCAGUACUGACAUAUCGGGAUACCUGAAGAUGUGGCAAUUGUGGCCUGCCACCUGCGCGAGAACAUGGCAUUUCGGUGUGGAAGAAAUAUUCGGCUAUCAACCUCUGGACGAUGAAGCUGGAUGGCUCGUCGCAGCUCUCGAUCCGGCCUCUUUCCAUCCUGCUCGGAGUAUGGCACAAUUCUGUGGGCACAAGUCGGCGCCUCCAAUUGACGAUGCACGCGAGAGCUACGACAUCACGAGCAUCGUUCGCUUGACAGUCCCCGGUCGUAGCCACAGACAUCCAUUUCUCGAAACCGGGUCGGCUGAUUCAUCCGAUAGUUCUUCUAUGGAUUCCUCGGAUGACGAGGGCGAUGUGGUUGCUGAUCACUGGUCGGACGACGAUAGUUCGCAGGGCGAGCGGCCCAACGAUACAACCACGGUCCCGGAUGGUGAACGUGCGAACGGAGACUUGCAUAGCCGAUCGAUUGCACCCGAGCCUGUGAUGACUAGCGAGCAGCCAUCGGCCGACGUGUCUCGGGAUAUCGAGGACAUAUUUCUCGAUCGUUAUGACGACGAUGUCGAAGAUACAGAAGACGAUAUUGAGGACGACUCCGAAACUGGUGAUCUGGACUCGCCAGAAGCGGAGGAGGACGGCUCGGAAGCGAACGACGAACGCAGCACAUCACCCGUCAGCUUUGCCAGUGAAACGUCACUGUCACAUGUCACACAGCGCAGCAGCGUCGAAGUCGAAAUAGCACCACUGACUAUCGCUUCGCCGCGCUCGCGAGCAUCCCCAGCAGGCUCGAAUGAAGCAGUGAAAGCGAAGAAACGGACACGCGACAGCAGACAAUCGCGGGACCGUGAAUUCAGAGGGCCUGGUGUCCCAACAAUUCAUUGCACGACCAAUAACAUGAGGCUGCUGAAUGCUCCUCAACAAAGUGGAGCUCAUAUAUUCUGCGCCGGUAUGCUAGAGCAACGACUGCCUCAGUCCCGCAUAUGGCGCGGCCAAGGUAGCUCUAUGCGCAGGUUGAACAUGGUGCAACAAAUCCCGGAUCUCGGCAUUGUCAUCAUUGCAAGCCAAUUUGGUAGGUGUGCAAUUUGUGCGCUGACUCGGCACCCGAACACACGCACUUAUGGGUUGCGUGUUGAUUGGAUUGUCCCGACAAAACGACAGGAAAAGUCCGGGGAAAGGCCUGGUGUAUGGCUCCUUGGAAUCGCGACAGCGCCCAUACAGGGCCAGGAACUCGAAGACGAGCAUCGGCAAACUUCUGGAGACGGUUGGGAUGACGCAACCAGUAGCGACGAUGCAAAGAUCACGUUCGAUCCGCGUAUCGUUGCCUUGCCGGAUCGCGAUCAAGGUCUAGACGAUCACUCCGAUGAUGAUAAUGGAGAAGACAUCGCGCAGAAACGUCGCCGUCGAAGUUCCCCUGAAGCCGAGGAUUCUGGCUCGGGAAGCGACGCGCUGCGAAUCAGACAGGACAAUGUACAAUCGACAGAUGUGGCGAGUAUUGCGCCAAGCGUGUCAGCGUCUCUCACGGUCAGUGAUGCUGGUAGACCAACGACAGGGCCUACGCUCGGGCAGGAGGACAAUUCGUCUGCAGGAGUCUCUAGCACCAGCUCUGUAACAAGUUCCGCCGAAGCAGGACGAAGCAGCACCGUGAUAAGCACCACGUUCAUCACGUCUCCAAGUCCCACAUCCAAUGCAACAGAUUCGUCAAGCGCAACGGGUGCUCCCGCAGCAACGACACAGAUCAAUCUUCAACCGUCAACGACAGAUCAAUCGGAACCUAUAGCUUUGCCACUGCAGCCUGCAAUCACGCCUGCCUUUGGAAUCGCCGGAGCUAUACUCAUCUUGACCGGAGUCGCAUACACUCUGAUAGGUAUCAAACACCGCUUCCUCCAAGUGUUUCUCUCGAACGGUUUUCUUGCGGCAUUAUCGGUCACGGUGCUUAUCGACUAUGUAAUGAAGCCUCCGAUCAGCCUUGCGGUCCAAGGCGCCUACUUCGUGGCUAUUUUCAUGACCGGAUGUCUCUACGGCGGCGGGUCUCUGAUCUUCAAGGAAGUCACUGAAGGUUUCGGAUGCUUGCUCGGUGGAUUUUGCCUGAGCAUGUGGUUUUUGUGUCUGAAGCCAGGAGGCUUGAUCACAGAGCAGACCGGCAAGGCGAUCCUCAUAGGCGUCUUCAGUGUUGCUGUGUGGUCGCUGUCCUUUAGCCGCUAUACUCGCGAAUACGGCUUGAUUGGAUCAACCUCUUUCGCAGGUGCCACUGCCUUCGUUCUGGGCAUUGACUGCUUUUCCCGAGCUGGACUGAAAGAGUUUUGGUUCUACAUUUGGGAGUUGAACGACAACUUGUUUCCUUUAAACACUAAUACUUAUCCUAUCACGCGAGGCAUGAUUGUGGAAUUGAUAGUAAUUGUUUUGGUCACGAUAAUCGGAGUACUGUCGCAGAUAAAGCUGUGGCGGAUUGUUCGAGCGCGACGGGACAGGCGGAACGCGAUCAAGCUCGAUGAUGAGCGCCGAAGAGAUGUCGUUGAGGAGGCCAUCGGCAGACACUUGGAAAGACAGAACGAGAAAGAUCGACCGAAGUGGGAGAUGCAGUUCGGAAACAAUCUAGCUGCCAAGCGAUCAACUAUUCUCUGGACAGACGCACACCCUGACAAGGGCAUUACUCACAUUACGCCAGUAGAGGACAAGAGAAUGUCUUCUGUAGAAAGCGUGGAGCUAACUGCUGCGCCGGGACCGUACCGUGUGCGAUCAAAGGUUAGUGCUAGAAACCUCAAACGUCAGAGUACAGCCACUGUGGACGUGAUUCCGGAAGAGACUGAGGAAGAGUUUCCGGAGAAAACGACUUCGAAGGAGCGGCUGAAAGCACUCAGUGCGCUCGAUGCUAAUGCGCCUAUCGGGGGCACUGCAUCGACGGAGAGCUUUACGCCGCAAGAGACCACGUCGACUGAAGCAGCGGGCUCGCCGGAACCGCCCGUCGAGGACAGUUCAGCCAAGACGGAUGUCCCUGAGAUUGUACCCCUGCCAUUCAAGAUUCCGACAAUUGAGAAGCCGGAAUCCAGAACAGCCAAGUCCUCAAAGUCCGCUCAGCCGCAAAGCGCUCAACGCCUCAGCGUUCCAAAAGAGGCUCAGAGCUCGUCAUCGAAACGCAAAUCAAUUGCUUCAAUGUUCAGCGUGUCGUCUCGACUGAGCUAUGCGUCAGACCAAGCAACGCCCUCAGCUUCAGUUGAGCAGCUGGUUCUCCCAUCACCGAGAAGCAGCAGAGCGUCAUCGCUGGCGGCCACGCUCGAUGAGGAAGACCGAAUGUCUAUCUUCGCAAAAUAUGGCAAACGAAACAGCUACAUGGAUGCCGAACCAGUGCCGCCAAUACUAGCCGAGUUUGCAGCAAGAAAUGUCAGUUCGGUUGAUGUGCCCUCGACGAUUGAGACGAAGGUACCGGAAGUUCCUCCUUCGCCUUCCGCAGACUCUGUUGAAGUCGAAGACGACCCUGAAGCUUUGUUCCGCCCUGUGUCGCGCUCGCAAGGGGGUUCCAAACCAGAGGGCACACCAACGGUCUCGGACAGCACCCCACGUCAAGGCUCGAACAGUUCGGAAGCAAGGUAUACAACAGAGCAUAGCUCGGUGGCAGAUGGUCUAACCCCCGGCGCUCUCGAGAGCAUCCCAAAGCAGACUUCUCAUGUCGUGAUGGCUUACCGGACCAAUGAGUGGGCUAAGCACAUCGCGGAGGCAGAUGAGCCCAUCUACAUCGAGCCGGAACAGCUGCCAGUAGAAGUUGAAGAGCCUGCUGUUCAGCUUGCUCCUGUACCUACCGUUGACCGGACGAGAACUCUGCAAGCAUCGACCACACCACCUCCACCUCAUGUGGCUGCUGUAAGUCAGAAUGGCAUCGUUGCUGUGGUAUCGGAGGCCACUCGAGCCCACAAUCAGGCAAAGGAGGCCCCGGUCAGCAAUGCGCCAGCUGCAAUUACCCGUCCGCAGCUGCAGGGCAAGAGAUCGAGUACGUUUCUGUCCAACAAGAAGACCUUAAUCACCGAACCCAUCGACGAAAACGCUGUGACCGAGUUUGCUAGUUCUUUGAAUGCCCAUUCCAGCAUGCAGCGCCCGAUGAGUCCACCUGCAGGACCACAGCGCAUUGUCAGGACCGCGUCUCUGCCCUUCGUGCCUCCAGCCGCGCUACAACCCAGCAGGUCAGCCACUUCUCUCGGCCUCGCACACCCAUACCAGCUAAAUCGAAGCAACACUUCUUCCACCAACAUCGCUGCAGCCUAUCAGAAUACCCCAGUCACGCGCUCGUCGAGCAGUCUUGGGCAUUAUGCCGCGCCUGCCCACUCAUCCUCAAACCCUCACGUGUCCCGCUCCUCUAGUUUUAUGUCUGGUCUCACCAUCCCCGCUAUGCGCUCCGAGACACGCCUCGACAGCUACGACUCGCACCAGCCCAAGGGCUCACGAGAUGAUGCCGCCGAGCGCAUGCGCCGGGAGAACUUGCUGGCCGAGUGGCGGAGUAGUCAAGGCGUUGCAAAUGGUGGGCUGGUAGCGCAGAUUCAGACGAAGGAGAGUGUGGAGCACCGACGGGCGCAGAUGCUACUGGACAGAGAACACAGAAGAUUGCUAGAGGAGAGGAUGGAGUUUAAUAAGAACCAGGCGCAGCUGGUGAUGGAUCAGGGGAUGCGGACGCCGGUGAUGAUGGAUGCUCAUCGGAGUAUGAUGAGGAGGAUGCAAGCUGGGGUGAAGACUGGAUAG